AUGCAUAUCGGUAACCUCUUGAAGUUGUGGUCGUUGUUGUCUCUCGUGAUCGAGAGGGCUGUCGCCAAAACUUGCGAGAUUCCUGCCCAAGGGAACAAAUCUGGUGAUGAUUCGCCUGCCAUCAUCAAGGCUUUUACCGAAUGCAGGAAGAAUUCCGACAUCAUUUUUCAGAACACCACCUACUACAUCAAGAGAGUAUUGAGCUUCAAAGACCUCAAUAAUGUUAACAUUGACGUUCGAGGUCGUCUUGAGUGGGGAACCGACAUUGAGUAUUGGCUCCAGAACUCCCUACCCAUUGGCCCAGGGAAAAGCCAGGACAGCUACCCGCCGGCAGCGUAUCAGAAUCAAACGACAGCUUUUAUACUAGGGGGCAAAAGGCUGAAUGUGGAGGGGCACGGAUACGGUACCUUUGAUGGCAACGGUCAGGCCUGGUACGAUUUCGUGAAUGGCCAGUCAAAUUAUCCAAAUCGCCCUCACAUGCUCGUCGUGACGGCACAGGACUCUUACUUUCACGGUCUUCGUUUUGUUCAACCUCAGAUGUGGACUGUCACCGUCGUUGGUUCCAAGAAUGUUGUUCUAGAGGACAUCUUUGUCUCAGCCAUUAGCAGAAGCUCGAAACCGGCACGCAAUACUGACGGCGCCAAUACCAUGUUCUCGGAUAAUAUUACCUUUCGGCGGUGGGAGAUCGAAAAUGGCGACGAUAGUAUUGCAGCCAAGGCAAACUCAACCAACAUUUUGAUCGAAGAUUGCAUCUUCCGCGAUGGACAGGGAGUUGCUAUUGGUAGCAUUGGGCAGUACUCGAACCGCUUUGAAAUUGUCGAAAACGUCAUGGUCCGCAACGUUAAGCAGUAUGGAUCAAACUACGUUGCUCGGGUCAAGACGUGGACUGGUGAGCAGAAUGAGUGGCCACCGAAUGGCGGAGGCGCCGGUAUUGGCUACGCGCGCAACAUCACAUGGGAGAACAUCACCAUCGAGGACGGCGCUAAGUCACCACUCAUUAUCAAUCAAUGCUACUCCAAUGUAGCCAAGGUUAACUGCAGCACCUCCACAUUCGAUAUAUCUGACAUCAAAUACUUGGGCAUUAGCGGCACAAUCAACACCAGCCGAUAUGCUGCGUUCCAAUGCAGCAGGUCCCAAGGCGGCUGUGACGGUAUCGUGAUGGACGACGUCGAGUUCGUUAAUGUUAGUGGUGACGAGGAUCAAGAGGCAACGGGCAUCAGAUGCAGCAAUGUAAACGAUCCGGAAGGAUUUGAAUGCUGA